AAACGCGUCAAUUUUAAACCCUCGCCUUUAAGUGUGUUGAUUUCAGGUUUGUCUAUUGGUUGAUAUCUUCCGCUUUAUACCAUCAGUAUGCUUGUCCAUUUUCAGGUAUGCGUCAAGUACCUGAUCUUAUCCGUGCUCCUCUUAGAAUAUACAUGCACUGGUAAUAAAUUAAUUCUCGAAGCCCAGAAACCAACCUCUGGAUCGGAAGGGGAGCUUAUACGUGGAGACGAUAGUGGUAUUAAUACAUAUUUGGAACAAGAUGUUAUUACAAUGGAACCUCGUCCUGUUUUUGUGUUGAUCGGUGACUCGAUCACGCAAUACUCGGCGAAUCCCUACAUCCUCGGAUUUGGAGACCUUUUGGGGUUCGAAUAUACACGUCGGGUCGAUGUGAUCAACCGAGGUCUGUCCGGUUACACAACGGAGAAGAUGCUUCGCACAAACGCCUUUGACCACAUCAUGAAUGAGGUUUCGUAUUUCGAAAGCCCAGCACUCAUUACACUUUUCCUGGGCACUAACGAUGCGAUUGUCCCACCCGACCCAGUAAGCGUCCCUCUCAAAAAAUACGUUCGCAAUAUGAAGACGAUGGUAAAAACAAUCAAAAAUAUAUACAAGGACACAAGUAUACUGCUGAUUUGCCCGCCCCCAGUGGACGAUAGCAAAUUUCCCAAUCGGAACAACCAUGUGACAGGUUUGUACGCCGAUGCGUGUAUGACCUUAGCAGCUAUGUUGAAGGUUCCGUCGGUAGAACUGUAUACACACAUGCAAGCACUACCUGAUUGGAAAUCGUGCUUUGUUGACGGUCUACACUUCAGCAAGCGGGGUCACCAGGAAGUGUUUAAAGUCAUCAAACAGAAAAUAGACACCGCGUUUCCUAUGUUACAGGUGGCAAAUAUUCCUAUGCAGUACCCGCAAUAAUGCUCUCCGGUGGUGAUAACAACACUACAUAGAAGCGGAUAUACA